GUGAACAUUGGACAGGCAAGUGUGGAAUGGCAGCGAUUCUGAAACGCAGCGCUAAUCUGACUGAUGUCUUGCAUUCUCGUUACUCUACUAUUAUUAGCGCGCCUCGGAAGCGUAAAAUGCCACGUCUUACAGAGUCUGAACGCGAAGAGUUACUCAAACCUUUACUAAAGGAAUGCAAAUGGGAAAUAUAUACUGAACAUCGUUCCGGCGAUGCUAUGAGACGUUCUUUUCUUUUCAAAGACUUUGAUACUGCUUUCGACUUUAUGACCAAGGUAGCAGGAAAGGCCAAAGCUAUGAAUCAUCACCCUGAAUGGUCUAAUGUCUAUAACAAGGUGGACAUACUUCUCACCACGCAUGAUGCAGGUGGCCUUUCUCAAAGAGAUGUUGAUCUAGCGAAAUUCAUCAGUGACGCAGCACUUGAAUACCAAGGAAAAUAACUGACUUAUUGGCCGGUAGAUAUUUUUGGAGGUUGAAUAAAUAACUUUUAUAGAUGCGACUUAUGUUUUUUACAUUCUUAUUCAUUGAUAGCAC